AUGUACGAUGCUUAAGGGGGUAUUGAUGACCCUGAUAUGAAAAAAGCUUAGGAGCUACGAUUUCAAAGAAGGAUAGUUUUUGGAAUUACUCCCUCUGACGAUGAUAGAUUUGAUUCUAAUCUUGGCGCAACAAUCUCUGAGGGUCUAAAGCGAAAGCUGAUGGAGGUUAUAGAUUUUUCAAAUAAUACGAAAUUCAAUAAGCGCAAGAUGAAGGACCACAUCCAGCAGAAAUCAGCUCAGCAUAUGGCUAAAAAUACUAAUGCUAAGAUGAAUCAAUAAAAAAAGACAAUCACUUAAAAUAAUAUUAGAAUUUAUAACACUCACCUUAGUAUCGCAUUUGGAUAUCCAGAUAUUUACGGAUUAAGAGCGUUUGAUGUUGCAAUAGAAAUUUUAUUUUUGCUAGACAUUUUUAGAAAUUUAUUGACAGAGUAUUAAGAUGCAUAAACUGUGUAGAUGGUUUCAGACUUUAAGAAAAUUGCGGCUUAAUAUAUGUUUAAAGGAGCUUUUAUAUUCGAUGUAUUUGCAGUCUUUCCUUUUAUAUAUGUGGCAGAUUGGAAGCACGCCUAAGAUUUAUUACUUAUUAAGAUGCUGAGACUUUAUAAAUUACAAGUUAAGUUUAUUGAACCAGAUCAAAUUCUUAAAAUGAUGAGAUUCUUUUAUUAAAAUAAGGACAGGGAAGACUAGAUCCAAACAGAUAACUUUAUCAAAUAAGUGAUCAAGAUUAUCGGUCUGAUUAUCAAUACUUGCGUUAUCACAUAUGUAUUAGGAUGCUUUUGGUACAGAAUGGUAGAUAGAAUUAACUUGGGUGAUGAUGAACCAACCUUUAUAACUAACUUUUAUAUGGCAAAGAAUCCGACUGCAAAGACUGUUAAUGAUAUUCCUGUUCAUGAGAGGCUUGUCUAUAGUGUCUAUUUUAUAUUGACAACAUUAUCAACUGUAGGCUAUGGUGAUUUCUAUCCAGUCAGUAUCUUAGAAAAGAUAGUAGGCUCAUUAAUCAUGUUCUGUGGAGUUACUUUCUUCUCUAUCGUCAUGAAUGAAUUUAUCGGUAUUAUCUUAGAACUAAAAGGCAAUAAUCAAACAGAGGAUGAAAAGAAUCUUAAUAAAUGGAUGCUCUUGUUAAGAAGAUUUAACAACGGAGGUAAAGCUUUAGAUAAAGGUAUUAGAGAAGAUAUUAUGAAGCACUUCAACUAUUUCUGGGACAAUAAUAGAACAGCAACACUGUUGGAAAAGAAAGAUUAUUUUGAUGCACUCCCAAGAGAUAUAAAGAGAAUCUUAAUGAAAGAUUAUCUCUUUGAGGAUGUAUUCACACAGCAUAGAUUCAAAGACUUCUUUGAUAAUGGGGAGGCAAUGGAUCCUGACUUUCUCUAUGAUAUUUCUUUCGGCUUUAAGCCAAGACAAUUCUGGCCUACAGAAGAAGAUUGCUUCAUCUAUGAAUCUUUUGAAUAUGUAACUGAAAUGUAUUUUGUCAUGGAUGGUGAUUGGAGCUUUGCAAAGGAAAUUAACAAUUUUUCUGAAAUUGAGAAAGACCCCUUGAUGGUAAACAGAGUAAAGAAAAUAAAAGGUAGAAACUUCCUAAUCCUAAAAGAACACAGUACUGCUACAUAUAUCGGAGAGUACUACAUUUUUACUUCCUAGAUGAGCAGAUACAAUUAUAUUGCCAAUACAAAUGUUCAGACAUUCAGUUUAACUCAAAGCUUUAUAAACGAGCAUAUUUUCGAAAAAUACCCUUAGUUAAAGACAGAAAUGGUGGCAGAAGCUCACAAUAGGUACAAUACCAAGUUUUAGAGGCCACUAAACAAAGCUUGGAAGGACUUAACAGAGAAGAUUAGUAUUGAAGCUGAAUAAGAGAGGUAAAGAAAUAGACCUGCUGUAAUAGACCUCACUAAAGCUUAGGAAAAGAAGCAACAAGUAGCCAACCUCAAUUAACAACUUGAAAUGAAUAAGGUAAAGCUUGAAAAUUUAAAUGAAAAAGCAAGCUAGAUGUUCAAGCAUAUUGAAGACAUUCAGCAACUGAUUUUUUCCAAGUGCGAUGAGUUUGAUGAGAAGGUUAAAGAGGCUGAAAGUUAGUUUGGCAAGGAGCUGUCAAUCGCUAUUAUAGAGAAUAAAAAGCUUAAAAAGGAGCUAAGAGAGAAUUUUAAAUCAAAUCUAAAGGGAAAUCUCUUAGGAGGAGGAGUAAAUAAUAGAUUUAACAAAAAAAGUAAAUAGAAUGAGCCUGUUUAGAAAUGA